UGAAUGUAUUGAACGACAUGGCUUUCUUCACUCAUCCAUGAUGAAGGAAGUGUUUUUUUGCGUAAUUAUUGCAAUGAGUUCUGCCAGGGGCUUCAGGGACAAAGUCUGCAAUCUGGAACCCUUUGUCGAAGGACCUUGUGUGGAAGUAAUGACCCUGUAUUCCUACUUUAGUCCGAGAAAUGAGUGCGUCUUCUGGCAGGGCUGCUUGCUAAAUGGCAAUCAUUUUACCAACAAGACAGAAUGUGAAGCCAAAUGCAAGGUUUAGGGUGGCAUAAUUACAGCACUAGGGAAAACUGUUCAUGUGUUGAGAGAGGCAUUGGAAUUACAUUUGUAAUUGGCUGUCAUUAUAUGUUUUACUUCCUCGUAAUAGAACAGAGCUAUUGCAUUUGUAUUUGUCAAUCGAAGUGCGAUAAGUAAAAUGUAUGUACAAGUAAAUUUCAAUUUUAAUAAAAAUGGUAUACUUGUUGUAUAGAAA